GUCGUUCGCUUCGCUACAACACGUAUAAGUGGAACGAUAACUCUGGGUACAGAUCGGGGAUCAUCUGGUGUACUUUCAUUUUCGAUGAAUGUACAUGAAAACAUAAGUUUCCAAGGAGCCCAAGUCUUAAAAAUGGAGGAGACAACAAGAAGAUUAAAUGAAAAGGAGAAAAUCUUGGAGCGCCUGAAAAAGAAUUUGAGGGCUUUAAAGGAAUCAAAGAAUGUUCUCUUAGUUGGAUCACUCGGAGUAGGAAAAUCAUCAUUGAUAAAUUCGACCAUUACAGCCCUGACGGGGAAAUACGACUUUUAUGCCGACAUUGGCGGUGGAGACAAGCACGUCACCACCACAUUUCACAGAAUCAGCCGAGAUGAAUAUUGGGACCCUGAAGAUGAAGGAGAUAAAUUGCUCUGCCUCCCAACAUUCAUCGACAUUAUUGGACUGGACGCUCAACUGUCGUCAUCUGAUGAGAAAGAAGACACGGUUAACAGUAUGUUGAUGAAUCUGAUCAUAAACGGGAGACUACCGGAGAAUUGUGACCUACUGGAUGUCAGCAAACAACUUAAAGCGGGGAAAACAAUAAAGGACCGGAGCGAAGAAAAAAAGCUUACAGUGGACAUCAUAAUGGUUGUGAUUUCAGCAAAGAGCCCAAGCAUUCCACAGACACUCAUCGACGAAAUCUAUAGGGAGGCAAACAUAAAAAAGAGAAAAAUACCUGUGUUUGCUGUUUUGACAAAAGUGGACAAAUGUGAUAUGUCUGAACAGGAACUAGAGGAUAAAAAGACUGAAAUAUGUGAGGCUAUUGGUAUUACUCAAGACAAACUGCUGCUGUGUAGAAAUUAUCAACCUGGAGACGCACCAGAUAUUGAGACAGACAUCAAAAUACUGGAGUUCUUGACCACGCUGUGUAACCCGCGUUUUAAGGCAGUCACAUUGGAGAAGGUUGAAUUUGAAGAACCUGAACCUCCACCCCCUCCACCGACACCAGCCCCCUCUCCCCCACAAAGUAGUUCAUUCUGGAAAACGGCAUUACAGUGGGCUUUUGUGGUGGCUGUUAUUGCUUUCUUCUUGUACUUAAUACAGCAGAUUUUGUCCAAAGAUAAUAGAUACAAUCAAAACACGAUGAAUCAGAGAAAAAUGUAAGUUUUCUAAUGAUGCUGUAAAAUGAAUUAUGCAUUUAUUGGCAAUAUGUACAUAUAUUAACAGUUGUGAUAAUCUUUCCACUGUGACAGUUCUGAAGUUUUUUUUUGUAUUCCAUGCAAACCGUCUUCUGUGAAAAAUGCGAAAAAAGCAUAUGAUUUAUAUAAAUUUAUCAAAGGUUGUGUUACUUUCGUUUUGCUAAAAGAUGUCAAAAAGAACAGUCUCACAUCCUUUAGAAAUAUUACUUGUUUUACACGCUCUAACAAAAGAUUGAAUUUAUUAUCAACGUAAUUGAUAUGAAUACUUUGUCUAAUUAAGGGAUUUCUUCUAUAUUUCAAUUACUCAGUAUAUUUUUUUUUAAAAAAGGAAAUUCAUUCCAUGACAUAUGUAUUUAUUAUUAUAUUUUGUACACACAUACG